AUGUCCAACUCAAAGGACGCAGAUCCGCAUCCGUCUCGAUGGCGCAGGUUCCUGCAGUACAUUGAGGUACCCACUGAUCCUGGAGUGCCCAAUACACCAUGGCUCAACCGCGACCUCAUCCCCAUGCCCAAAGAGCGCCGCACCUAUAAGAUAUGGUCCUACUUCAUCUUUUGGUGCAUCGGUGGUCUCUCCAUUUCAGCGUAUACUGCCGGCAGCACAUUACUCGCGUACGGCCUAGAUGCGAGACAGGCCAUCGUGUCUCUCGUCAUCUGCGGUCUUAUCGUUGGAUUGCUUAGUGUCACCUGCGGGUGGAUGGGAGAGAGGUUUUACUGUGGCGUGCAGGUUCUGCUGGGGCAUGCGGCGAGUAUGCAACAAUUGACCGCGGCACAUUAUGCUGAUUCCUCUAGCAGAGGCGCCUAUUUUCCUGUUAUCGUUCGUGCUUUUGUGGCCAUCUUCUGGGAUGGCCUUCAGGCCUACUGGGGUGGACAAGCUGUUGCGGUUACAAUCGGCGCCAUCAUUCCUGGAUUUGCCCACAUGAAACAGACGUUAGCAGGAGGAAUCUUGCUGAAGAAGGACUUCAUAGGCAUGAUCAUCUACUACGUGUUCUUCAUCGCGAUCAUGCGCAUCCCUCCUGAGCGACUCCAGAAACCCUUCAUCGUCUCGUCUGUCAUGUUUAGCGCCACCCUGAUCGGACUUCUUGUUUGGGCGGUCUCGAACACACAUUCUGGCGGUCCCUUGUUUCAGGAGAAAGCGAGUCCCGUUCAUGGUGGAACAGGAUGGGCCAUGUUAUUCGGUAUCACUGCGAUUCUUGGCGCAUGGAGUGGUGGCACCAUCGGUCAGAGCGACUGGACGCGCUAUGCUAACCGGCCAUAUGCGCCUACGCUAGCUCAGUUAAUCGUUGCCCCAUUUUGCAUCAUUGUGUGUGCCACGAUUGGUAUCAUCGUCACGUCAUGCGCCCAAGAAAUUGUAGGGAGUUUGAUUUGGGAGCCUUUCCUGCUUCUCGCAGCUCUGCAGAAUUACUAUAAUGACUCCCCGAGAGUUCGCGCUGCGAUUUUCUUUGCUGGACUCAGCUGUGUAUGCGCCCAGCUCGGCAUGAGCAUUGUUCUCAACUCUGUGAGCGUCGGAAUGGAUAUCUCGGGUGUUGUACCACGCUAUAUCAACAUCAGGAGGGGUGCUUACCUGCUCGCCUUCCUGGGUCUAGCUUCAAACCCUUGGCAAUACCUGUCUAAUGCUUCAAUUUUCUUGACCGUACUAUCUAGCUUCGGAAUAUUCUUCGCCUCCUUUUCUGGGAUUCUUCUUGCAGACUACUUCGUGGUAAGGGGAUGCAUGAUCAAGCUCGAGGACUGCUACAUCGGAGACAAACGCUCUAUUUACUGGUACCACAAUGGCGUCAACUGGCGUGCCCCACUCGCCUGGGUGCUUGGGGUCUUCCCAACCAUGCCUGGGUUAAUCAUGACAACCCGCGACGCGACUGCGUGGAAUGUGUGGGUGCGCAUUUUUCACAUUGCGUUCUUCGUCGGCCUUUUGAUAUCAUUCGUCGCGUUCUCGGUGAUUUGUUGUAUCUCAUCCCCGGGAAAUGUGGGUAUUGGAGCGCUGUAUCACGAGGAAAAUAGUUUCGAAGUGGAGGAUGAACUGGAGACCGAGGAGAAGGAAAAGGGACCAGUGUAG